UUCAGUGACAGCAGGAAGAAGGCUGGUGUGGCCGCGGACUCGAACCCUCAUCGCCCGCUUUCCCCUCUGCUCGCUUCAGAAAGACGUGGACCUGAUGGCGCCCGGCGGGAUGAACCUGUGGGGGGCGUGCGUGCUGCUGCUCUACGUGACCACGGCCGUGCUGGCGGGGAGGGACUUCUACCAGAUCCUGGGGGUCGGCAAGUCCGCAACGGUCCGGGACGUGAAGAAGGCCUACAGGAAGCUGGCCAUGCAGCUGCACCCGGACCGGAACCAGGACGACCCACAAGCCCAGGACAAGUUCGCGGACCUGGGGGCAGCGUACGAGGUUCUCUCCGACGAGGAGAAGAGGAAACAGUACGACGCGUACGGAGAAGACGGACUGAAGGAAGGUCACCACGGCUCACACAACGACAUCUUCUCCAGCUUCUUCGGUGACUUCGGUUUCAUGUUCGGAGGAAACCGGCAGCAACAGGACAGAAACAUCCCCAGAGGAAAUGACAUCAUACUCGACCUGGAGGUCACGCUCGAAGAGGUGUACUCUGGGAAUUUUGUGGAGGUUGUACGAAACAAACCUGUAGCUAAAGAAGCUCCUGGCAAGAGGAAGUGUAACUGCCGACAGGAGAUGAGGACGACGCAGCUCGGACCCGGACGCUUCCAGAUGACUCAGGAGAUGGUGUGUGACGAGUGUCCCAAUGUCAAGCUGGUGAAUGAAGAGCGAACCCUGGAGGUAGAAAUCGAACAGGGAGUGAGGGAUGAAAUGGAAUAUCCUUUCAUUGGAGAAGGUGAACCUCACAUUGACGGCGAACCUGGAGAUCUACGAUUCCGCAUCAAAGUGUUAAAACAUCCUGUGUUUGAGCGCAGAGGAGACGACCUGUACACCAACGUCACCAUCUCCCUGGUGGAGGCUCUGGUCGGCUUUGAGAUGGACAUCGCACAUUUGGACGGACACAAGGUCCACAUAGUGAGAGACAAAAUCACGAAACCCGGCGCCCGGAUGUGGAAGAAAGGAGAAGGUCUUCCCAACUUCGACAACAUCAACAUCCGAGGUUCCCUCAUCAUCUCCUUCGAUGUGGAGUUCCCUCAGACGCAGCUGGACGAGCAGCAGAAAGACGGUAUACGCGGUCUCCUGAAGCAGAGCUCUGUACAGAAGGUUUACAACGGACUACAAGGAUACUAACAACACACACAGCCUGGACUGCCACACACACACACACAACAAACACACACACAUCGUCAAUCAACCGGAGCACGCUCCAUAAUUCUGGCCAGGGUGUAUUUAUUAUUUUUUCCGAUUGUUCUCAGGAUGGAUUGAACCCAAUUUUUAGUUUUGACUUUUUAAUCUCGUCAUCGGUGGCAUAAUUACAGACGCUUGGUUUGGGUGUAAACGGGAAACGAAGCCACGCCCCUCUCUCGUGUACCUUGUCAUGAGGCCUUUCUGUUUAUUUGAAAAAAUCCAAUUAUCCCGUUUGUGUCCGAGUGACGUGUGGAGGUCAAACAGACGCCGUCGCCAUGGAGACGACAGUCAGACACUCACUCGUCUUCCCUGACGUCUGCUGCUGCAGGAACUCGACUGCUCAAGAAGAAGAAGAAGAAGAAACUUGAUCCUUGUUUUUGUUAUUAAUUAAUUUUAUGAAUGUUAAAGCUGUUUUGUGAUGGAACCUUCUUAUUGCUCGGGUCAGAGUCCUGUUCAAAACUCCUCUGUCUAAAGGGAAGAACAAAGGUCAUCUUUACUAAUUUAAGCAUUUGAACCCCCCCCCCGAUGGUUUCCACGAGUCUCUCUCCCUGUUCGUCCGGACUCUCACUCAAAGGGACCCCAGAGCCCCCCCCCCUGUCUGUUUUGACCAUCGACUGCAUCGCUGCCUCCCGAUUGGACGAGUGCGUCACAGCCUUUAAUGUGAAUCAUUUGUUGGUUUCUACUGGGUGUUUUAGGGGAUGAUGUACUUUUGACUGACUAAAUAAAAAAAAAAAGGAUUUCUACAAGUUUGCGACCACGUGUCAUAGCGUGAGUUCACCAGUGGGCGGCGCCAGAGUCCUGAUGAUGGGAUUCAUGAGGAAACCCAGUGUGACUGUGGAUCUGUAGGAGAGAGUUUCAACCUCCUGCUGCUGAGGAAACUAAUGAGUCCACAUGUUGUGCUCACUGGAUUACAUAGAUAUUACACUGGUUAUGGAUUUAUAGAAAUAAAAUAAAUUAUAGUUUGGUUUUUAUUAUUAACAGAA